GCUAGGAUUUUAGCAGUUCUGAAAGGAUGAAAAUGCAGCCUAACCCUCCAAGACCCCAAGAAGGUAGUAAAGAGCCCUAACUCCAGCUUCCUAAAAAACCCUAGAUGCCCCCGAAUUCCAGACCCUGCUCCCUGCCAGUAAAUCGGUAGAAGGUCACACUUCUUGCUGUUCCAGGGCCUGCUCUCUGUAUGAAACUAGGUGAAAGGACGUAAAAUAGGCCCUUGAGUGCGUGAUCCUGGCCUAAGUAAGAUCACAGGAAAUGAGUGGACUAAUCGCUUAUCUGGAUUCUGUAAAACUGCUUGUGCCAUAGAAGAAAUGAUUACACAUUGAAAGCCCUAGUGACCUAUCUCAACUGCAAUCUGUCACUCUGCCCAGGAGCCCCCGCAAAUGCGGACCUCCGGAACUGUAGAAAAAUGAUUGGUCCACGGAGCGCGGGCUCUCGAUGUUUUAAAAUGAUUGGUUUGCGAAGCGCGAGCUUUGUUGUGAACCGCAUGAAAGCUGUCCCGAUUCCGCACUCGGGGCCGCAGUCCUCUACCCCUGCGUGGCCUAAGACUGUGGGCCCCAGCGCGCUUGGAAUAAAAAUCCUCUUGCUGUUUGCAUCAAGACCGCUUCUCGUGAGUGAUUUGGGGUGUCGCCUCUUCCGAGUCCGGACGAGGGGGAUUUUCCUUCUACUGGUCUUUCAUUUGGUGCAUUGGCCGGGAAACCCCGCGACCACCCCUCACACCCGAGAACCGACUUGGAGGGUGCUGCAAGGGGACCCUCUGCCCCUCCUGGAGUUCCGGCGGUGGAGGGACCUGCUGCCAGGACUCGAGCUGGAGGGGCGCCACCCCGGAGCGGACAGACGAGAUCGUGACAUUACCGCUGCACACCUAUGGCCCUCCCAUGCUGGGGGGGCCAAUUGCAGCCCCUCCAGUAUUGGCCCUUUUCUUCUGCAGAUCUCUACAAUUGGAAAACUAACCAUCCCCCUUUCUCGGAGGAUCCCCAACGCCUCACGGGGUUGGUGGAGUCCCUUAUGUUCUCUCACCAGCCUACUUGGGAUGAUUGUCAACAGCUGCUGCAGACACUCUUCACAACCGAGGAGCGAGAGAGAAUUCUGUUAGAGGCUAGAAAAAAUGUUCCUGGGGCCGACGGGCGACCCACGCAGUUGCAAAAUGAGACUGACAUGGGAUUUCCCUUGACUCGCCCCGGUUGGGACUACAACACGGCUGAAGGUAGGGAGAGCUUGAAAAUCUAUCGCCAGGCUCUGGUGGCGGGUCUCCGGGGUGCCUCAAAACGGUCCACUAAUUUGGCUAAGGUAAGAGAGGUGAUGCAGGGACCAAAGGAACCUCCCUCGGUAUUUCUUGAGAGGCUCAUGGAAGCCUUCAGGCGGUUCACCCCUUUUGAUCCUACCUCAGAGGCCCAGAAAGCCUCAGUGGCCCUGGCCUUCGUAGGGCAGUCGGCUCUGGAUAUCAGAAAGAAACUUCAGAGACUGGAAGGGUUACAGGAGGCUGAGUUACGUGAUCUAGUGAAAGAGGCAGAGAAGGUGUAUUACAGAAGGGAGACAGAAGAGGAGAAGGAACAGAGAAAAGAAAAGGAGAGAGAAGAAAGGGAGGAAAGACGUGAUAGACGGCAAGAGAAGAAUUUGACUAAGAUCUUGGCCGCAGUGGUUGAAGGGAAGAGCAGCAGGGAGAGAGAGAGAGAUUUUAGGAAAAUUAGGUCAGGCCCUAGACAGUCAGGGAACCUGGGCAAUAGGACCCCACUCGACAAGGACCAGUGUGCGUAUUGUAAAGAAAAAGGACACUGGGCAAGGGACUGCCCCAAGAAGGGAAACAAAGGACCGAAGGUCCUAGCUCUGGAAGAAGAUAAAGAUUAGGGGAGACGGGGUUCGGACCCCCUCCCCAAGCCCAGGGUAACUUUGAAGGUGGAGGGGCAACCAGUUGAGUUCCUGGUUGAUACCGGAGCGGAGCAUUCAGUGCUGCUACAGCCAUUAGGAAAACUAAAAGAUAAAAAAUCCUGGGUGAUGGGUGCCACAGGGCAACGGCAGUAUCCAUGGACUACCC